CGAGUACAUUUAAAAAGAAUCAAUUGUACACUCCACGUGCACUCAUUGAUGAAGAAAGAAACCAACUUAUAUACCACAAAAAAUGGAAGAUUCCCCGAUUGAGGUUGACUUCUUUCAACAGAUUCUGCUCUACGAGGCUAUGCUGGAGAGUGCUGACAACUUUGGAGAAGGAAGUGAAGAAGCCAAUAAUUUGAAUUUCGUCACUGAAAACACGAGAUCCAGUUUCCGGAAGGCCUGCAGUAUCGUAGCAGUUACUGUGGGAGAUGGUGAGAAGUUUAUGAUGUAAUGCCUACGUGGAUGUUGAAAAAAGCUUGAAAGCUUCGUAGAGUAGUUGUACAGGUGGGAGUCGGGGCACUAAAGCGGCAAGCAUCUCAACCUGAGUAAGCAGUGCCAAUCACUAUCACUUCAUCUUGAGUAAGUAGAACAAUUUUUGUAUGAAGACAUGUAAGUAGAUCUUCUAUCUUCCAUAACCAUAUUGAUCGACCCCUCUAAGGGUCUCGGAGAGACGUUUAAAGAAGAUUGGAAGGACAACACAGAUGGCGAGGCACCGGAAGAGGUACUCGCCGCUGCCGUCAGAUUCUACACAGACGGCCUAAUUAGGAGGAAAGUAACAUUCGAUAUCGAUAGACAUAGAUCGCAAAAGAAGAGCCAAUCCGUUUUCUUUGAAGUAGAAAAACUAGCGAGUUGAUAGUUCUCCAACUACUCUGGCUCCAGCACAACGAGUCAUUCAUAACUAACAACUACAUCUACUCCCCAACCGACUCCUUCUAACCCCAAGCCCAUCUGCAUCACGCUUCUGGAAAAGAACGGAGAAGAAAAGGUGAAGAAAUUUGUGGAGAAGGUCUGUGACAGUCUUGAUCGUGCUUUUGAGGUCGCGGACGGCGACGCUGAAGACUUUUCGGGUUCUUUUGAAAAUUACGGCAUUAUCAUAUUAUCAGAUCUAAAUGAUCUAUCACUCUCAGACUAGGCCCCUCUUCCUCUUCGAUGAAUACUCCUUGAUAUCUAUUCUAAGAACAAAAAUACCAUAACUUCAUACUUCUAAGAACGAAGGUGCCCAAACCUUGGCAUUUCUUUCGAUCCGGAGGCGCGCCAACACAAUUGGAAAUACAGCAAAAUGGAUCUCGAAGCUUGACGAGCGUUUGUUUUUUGACAGUGGAGUAUUUAAAUGCUAUUGGGUUUUACAAAGAAAGGUCUGUAUAUUGAAGAUUCGUCUUCGUGCUGCAUGUGAUGUCAGAGUCGGAAUAAACGCGCGAAGAGGACUGGAUGCACAUAUCAACAACAUUUUUCAUCAGAGAGUACAGAUCAAAAUCAAUUACGAGGAUUAGGCUAUAGAGGUGUAACUGUAAGAAAGCUUGAAGAUGUUGAUCAACUUUCACAGCUUGAACGAAAUUCAUGCUGAUCGGAUUGAUGCGAUCAACUUUCACGACCAACAUUGGCAACGACUUUACCAAAGAAGAAGAACAACAUUGCUCUAACACAAGAAGCUACCUCUAGCAAGAAGCUACCUCUGUGGAGUCUCCUUCCCGUGUCAGGAAUUCGACGGCUUUCACCAUGGUAAAACAACAUGUACUGUAUUUCUUUUCCGACGCUACUUUCUUAGAACCGAC